CCCAAACGGACACCUGGACUUGUUCCUCCGAUUCCUCCUGGGACUUUCAGUGCAGACCAAUCAAAGUCUCCUACAAGGUCUGCUGACACAAGCACAAAGUAACUCCCAGACCAACCAGGAAACAGUUCAGUACAUCAUGAAGAAGAUCAGUGAGAAUGUGUCUGCAGAGAAAAGCCUCAAUCUGUUCCACUGUCUGAAUGAACUGAAGGAUCGUUCUGUGGUCCAGAAGAUCAAACAGUUUCUGAGUUCAGGAAGUGUCUCCACAAAUAAACUGUCUCCUGCCCAGUUUUCAGCUCUUGGCUUCAUCUUAGUAUCAUCAGGAGAUGAUCUGGAUGUGUUUAACAUUAAUAAAUACUCUGCUUUAGAAGAGGCUCUUCUGAGGCUCCUACCAGUGGUUAAAGCCUCCAACAAAGCUGUACUUACUGGCUGUCCCCUCUCAGAUAGAGGCUGUGAAGCUCUGUCUUCAGUUUUCAGCUCCCAGUCCUCCAGUCUCAGAAAAGUGGACCUGAGUAACACCAACCUGAAGGAUUAUGGAGUGAAACUUCUAUCUGCAGGACUAGAGAGUCCAAACUGCAAAAUCAAUACUCUAAGACUGUGUGGAUGUAACCUCUCAGAAAGAAGCUGUGAUGCUCUGUCCUCAGUUCUCAGCUCCCAGUCCUCCAGUCUCAUAGAGCUGGACCUGACUUGCAACAACCUGCAGGAUUCAGGAGUGAAGAUAUUAUCUGCUGGACUAGAGAGUUCAAACUGCAAAGUAGAAUCUCUCAG